CAUAGUUUCGAUCAUGAAGGUUUUCGUUGUUUUGGUUCUGGCUCUGGCCUCCGCCUCCGCUGGGCUCCUGCCCCAGACCGCUCCGGUGCAUCCUCGUGACAGGAUCUCGGUGCCGUCCAUCAAUGGUCGCAUCACCAACGGCAAGGACGCCGUCGCCGGCCAGUUCCCCUACCAGGUGGGACUCAGCUUCAGCAGCUCCAAGGGCAGCUGGUGGUGCGGUGGAUCCAUCAUCGGCAACGAGUGGGUGGUGACUGCUGCUCACUGCACGGAUGGUGCCACCUCGGUGACCAUCAACUACGGAGCCACCGUGCGCACCAGCCCGCAGUUCACCCAGAAGGUCUCCAGCUCGGACUUCAUCCAGCACGAGAGCUACCUUUCGCUGACCGUCCGCAACGACAUCUCCCUGAUCAAGACUCCCUCCGUCAGCUUUUCGGCCAACGUGAACAAGAUCGCCCUGCCCGCCAUCUCCAGCAGCUACUCCACCUACACCGGCAAGACCGCCGUCGCCUCCGGAUGGGGACUCACCUCCGACUCCGCCACCGCCGUCGCCUCCCACCUGCAGUACACCGACCUCACCGUCAUCGAGAACUCCGUGUGCCAGCAGACCUUCGGCAGCCUGAUCGUGACCAGCCGCGUGAUCUGCGUGGCCACUCCCAAGGGCACCUCCACCUGCCAGGGUGACUCCGGCGGCCCGCUGAACCUCGAUGGAACCCUCAUCGGCAUCACCUCCUUCGGAUCCGCCGACGGAUGCGAGGCCGGUGCCCCCGCCGCCUUCACCCGCGUGACCAGCUACGUCGACUGGAUCAAGGCCAACUCCGGAAUCUAAACUAUGAGACAUAUUCGAAAACAAUUCUAAUAAAUAUAAAGUACAUGUAACAAAAA